AUGGAUACUAGAGAAAAUUAAUUUGAGGAGGAAUUAUAAAAGAUAAAACAAACAGUGAAAUAGCAUGAUAGUGAUGAAUUGAUCUUAAAAAUUAAUAAUCUUAAGCUUGAUAAUUAAUUUAAAGACUCAAUUAUCUUCAACUUGGUUUAAAAGAUGGAUGUUAAAGCUGUUAUGGAAAAAGUUUAUUUAAAUGAGUUAGAAACUAUAGAAUCCUACCCAUAAUAAUUGAAAUAUUAUGUUCAUUUUCCAUAUCUUCUCCAUGGUACUUUAGUGAUAUUAUUUUAUCUUAGAUACAAAAAGCUCUUAAAUCCCACUAAUACUAUAAGUGUUUUGUGUGCUAGUAGUUUGUUAAAUGAAUUUGGUAGAUAUAAAAGAGUUUAAGCAACAAACCCUUAGAAUUUUAUUAAAUAUAAAGAAGCUAGUGAAAAUUAUAAUUACUUAAUGGAUUAAUAACUCUAUAAAGGAGGAAUAAGCUUUAAAGAUGUAAUGAAAUAUUACUUUAAAAUCGAUAUAGAUUCAACCUACAAAAGACUAAAGCAUAUGAUGUUUGAUGAUAUAUUAAAUGAUGAUGUUAUUACAACUUAAUUUUUCUGA